AAACCAAGCUACUUUAAAUUCAAAGCCAAAGUUGGAAAACCUUCUAGCUAGCUAGCUAGCUAAGCUAGCUCCCAUUUCUUCCCAUUUUAUUCCUUGAACUUUUGUUCUAGCUCUAUGACUAGCCUAAGUUUCUUUGUUGGAGUUAUAGGCAACAUCAUAUCAGUUUUGCUCUUUCUUUCUCCCUUAGGAACAUUCUGGCGGAUUGUUAAGCGUCGAUCAACAGAAGAAUUUGAGAGCCUUCCUUACAUUUGCACCCUACUGAACUCAGCACUGUGGACUUACUAUGGAGUUACAAAGCCUGGAAGCCUGCUUGUGGCGACUGUUAAUGGUUUUGGUGUUGUGGUGGAGAUUGUUUACGUUACAUUAUUCCUCGUAUUUGCACCUCCAAGGAUAAGGGCGAAGACUGCCAUAUUUGUUGCGAUUUUGGAUGUGGGGUUUCUCGGAGCAGCGAUUUUGAUUACUCGUUUUGUGUUGCACGGAGAUACAGUACGGAUCGAUGUCAUCGGAUUCUUGUGCGCCGGCCUAAAUAUAGUCAUGUACAGUUCACCUCUGGCAGCCAUGAAAACGGUGGUGACAGCUAAAAGCGUAGAGUACAUGCCUUUCCUUCUCUCCCUCUUCCUUUCCUUGAAUGGAGGGAUUUGGACUUUCUAUGCCGUCCUUGUCAAGGAUUUCUUCCUUGGAGUGCCAAAUGGGGCUGGGUUUCUUCUGGGAGCAGCACAACUGGUGCUAUAUGCAAUUUACAGGAACCCCAAGUCAUCCCAGAAAAUAUCCCAAGACUUGGAGGAUCAAUCCCAACACAAGCACCUUCUGCCCUCUUCCACUCCUUCAGAAUAGAGGUCAUGUGUAAGAUUGUAAAUUAAUUUUAGCUGCUUUGUAAAAGCUAGAAGUAGCGGAUCAGAUUGGAAUUCACGGUAAUUAGCUGUUCAAAUUGCUAUUGUGAGAGAGCAUAUGAGACGUCAUAGAUGGCCAGUCAUUUCAAAAUGAAACCAUCUUUGAAUC